AUGUGGCAGAUGAGAAAGAGGAGACAGCGUCCGAAACCUGUCACUUUAAGGGAUCAAUUUUCUGUCGAAGUUGGCGAUGAUGUUCUUGUUAGAAAUAAAGAAUCAAAUAAAUUAUGGGUGGCACACAUCCUGCGUAUGACCAAAAUUAAAGGCAGAAUUUCGGUGGAGGUGAGGUGGUACUAUCGCAUGGAGGAAAUCUUAAGCAAAGCCCCUAGUUUCAUUGGAGACAAGGAGUUCAUCAUCUCUGAUCAUUAUGGUUUUGUGGAUGGUGAAACUAUUAGUGAAAAAUGUAGGGUACACACUUUCUCUGCGUACCAAGGCAUCAGUAGCGAUAAACUGGAAGAGAAUGAUUACUAUUGGCGAUUUGAGUAUUCUCCUGUGUUACAUAAGUUCAAGGAAGUUUCUGUUCCUGUGUAUUGGGAGUGUCAGCUGCCUGAGAACCCAGAUAAAAUGAUGGUGAUGUGUUCCAACUGCGACAAGUGGUACCAUCGUGAAUGUGUGAACUUGCAGGAGUCAGAUCCAGAUAAAUUGAGCGAGAUGGAUUUUUGUUGCCCUACGUGUACAAGUUUGUUGAAUAUAUGA